UGAAGUUAGUUACAGUGUUACCAACUUUAUAAUCAGAAAAAUAGCAAAAAUUAAUUCGGAACACACUUCAAACCAAACCAAACCAAACCAAUUGCAAACAAUUAAAAAAAAGUAAGUCAAACAAAAAGGUUGCAAAAAGUUUAAAAAACAGGUUAAGAUUAGAGCACAUUCUACACAGAAGAAAAAAAGAAGAACAUAGAAUUAUUUAAAUAAAAUCGAGUAAUAAUAUCUAAGAAGCAUGGCAAAGCAUCAUCCAGAUUUAAUUUUCUGCCGGAAACAACCAGGAGUUGCUAUCGGUCGGCUUUGCGAGAAAUGUGAUGGUAAAUGUGUUAUUUGUGAUUCUUAUGUGAGACCUUGUACAUUAGUAAGAAUAUGUGAUGAAUGCAACUACGGUUCUUAUCAGGGACGUUGUGUGAUAUGUGGUGGUCCCGGCGUAUCAGACGCAUAUUACUGUAAAGAAUGUACAAUUCAAGAAAAAGAUAGAGAUGGUUGCCCCAAAAUAGUUAAUCUAGGAAGUUCAAAGACAGAUCUCUUCUAUGAAAGGAAAAAAUAUGGCUUCAAGAGAAGAUAAGAAUGUAUGUGUGUGUGAUACAUUGUUGUAUAUAAUUUCUUCUUAAAAACAAGGUUUCUUAGAAGUUUUGAUAAAUAUGUUUAGCCAUUAGUGGAUCAUACAAUUUCUCACAUAUUUUAUAAUACCAUCUGACCGUU